AUGAUAAAAUUAUCAUUAUUAUUAGAAAAAGAUAUUAUUUCAAUUUUAGCAAAAGAAAUAAAUAAAUAUAAUAAAACAAUAACCUUUUUUGGACAAGAUGAACAAGAAAAAGCCGAAAAAGAUUCGAUUAUUUCAGAAUUAGUUAAAUCAAUGUCAUUGGUAAAUUGGCAUUGGUUCAAUUCAUUGUCUUCAGAAUUGGUAUCACUUGUUAAUUUUUCUCAUUCACCAUUAUCCCCAACAAUCAAAUUAUUUGAUUAUCUUUGGAAUAAAAAUAUUAUAGAAACAACAAAUGAUAAUAAUAAUAAUAAUAAUAAUAAUAACAGUGAUAAUAAUAAUAAAUUUAAAUUAAUAAAAAAUGAAAAUAUAAAAUAUAUAAGAUUAAAUAUUUCAGAAAUUUCAUUAACAGAAAUUGAUCAAGAUAAAAUGAAUCAAUUUAUUGAUUUUAUUAAUAAAAAAGUAAAUGAAUUUAAGAAUUUAAAGAAAUUAGUAAUUUCAAAUGGUAUGGAAAAUGAUGACAUUAUUUUCACAAAUAAAUUGGAUUUCCAUUAUAUUAGACUUGGUUUUUUAUAUUUAGGAAUUAAAUUAGAUGAUGAAGAGCAAGAAGAAGGAAGAGUAAAUCAAUUAAUUACAAAAUCACCAUUAUCACCAAACAUUAAAGAAGUAAUAGAUUCAGAAGGUUUUAAUAUGCCACCAUCAAGAUUAGUCUCAAUUUUAAAACCAUUAAAGAAAAUAGAAAAUUUAAUAAUUGAUAGAGCUGAUAUUAAUCUUUACAUUGAACUUUAUAAACAAUUAAUUGGUGCUGAUGAUGACGAAAACACAAGUUGUCUAACAUUUGCUAAAUCAUUGACAAUUGACAAUUAUCAAGUUCACACAGUGGAGAGUUUAUAUUAUGUUUUGAAAUUGGUUCCAAAUAUCCAUGAAUUAUCAUUCCAAAUUUGUUUUGAUAAUUUAGUACUUCAAAUUGAUGGAACUACAAAAGGAUGCAUGUGCUCAGAACUAGAUGAAUGUAAUAAGAAUUUUAUGCAUUAUUGGAAGUUUAUUACAGAGUGUAUUGAAAAUCAUAAAACUCUUAAACUCUUAUCUAUUGGUCAACAUUGCACUUUUCCAAUUGCAUACGCCACUCAAUUUAAAUUACCAAUCAAGUUUAUAGAAUCAUUUGGUUCAGCAAUUGCAAAUAAUAAAUCAAUUAAAAUAUUUAAAACCUCAAAAUUACCACCAAAUUGUUCAGAUUUCUUUGAAUUUAUUUUUAAAAAUAAUCAAACAAUAACUCGUCACUCUCAUUACUUUUUAAAUAUGACAAUUGAUUCAUUACCAACCUAUGUUGAUGACUUUAAAAAUUUAAUUGAUCAAUAUAAACACAUUGAAGUUUUCUUUAUUUCAGAUUCAACUUUUGGUGAUGUUUUUACUCACAAUUCUUUAAAAUCUAAAAAAGAAUAA